AUGCUCAACAUAAAUUUGGGGAAACCCGAAAUAGAUUUAGCAGUUUGUGAUUAUACAGACAUUCAAAUGUAUUUAUCAUUAAUAAAAUAUGAAUACGUAUUCGAGUCAUGGUCAAAUGAUUCAAGAUAUUUAUAUUCACAUGAAAACAUGCAAAGAGUCAUAAAAGAACUAAAUAUAUUAAUGAAAUCUAAAAUACCAAUGUCUUCAAUAUUUUUUAUUUCAGCAUUUUCAUAUGCACUUAUGGUUAUUAGUUAUGUAGGAAUAGUUAUAUUUUAUAUAAUAAAAUAUGAUUUAUUUAAAGCAUUUUUAUUCUCCUGCUUAUUUUUAAUUGCUUUUAUUCAUUAUAUUAUGUGUAUGGUGUAUAGGUAUUUAGUAACCAAAAGUGUCAUAGAGUCUGUUGAAAAAAAGAUUAAAUAUUUAAAUAAAAAAUAUAAAGAUGAACAAAUUUAUUUUAAGUUAAUUAAUUUUAGUGCUUUAGGGUUCAAAUAUUUGAAAAUUUUACCUAGAUUCAGAGGACAAAAAUACUUUACUUUGAGAGUAAUAUAUUUGUAUUGUAAAUUAAUUUAA